CAAGCUAUCCUUGAAAAGCUAUUUGGUUUUCUUUGCAAUCAUGAAAUCUACUCUUGUAUUCUUCGCUUUCCUCUGCAUACUUUUGUUUACUAAGACAAUCGCAGCAAGAAAAGCACCAGGCGAAGAAUGUAAUGAUGAAACGAAGGAAAAGUUUCAGACAGAAACAACUAAAGAAGCAAAACAACAAUAUGUUAUAAAUCAAAUUCCUCUUUUCUAUUAUCCAAAGAAUGUUGAUGGUCAGGAAAUGGACAAUGCAGGAAAAGAACUUGCUAUAAACCAAAUUCCUCUUUUAUACUAUCCAAAGAAAGAUGAUGGUCAGGAAAUGGACAAAGCAAGAAAAGAAUCAGUUAUAAACCAAAUUCCUCUUUUGUACUAUCCAAAGAAAGUUGAUGGUCAGGAAAUGGACAAUGCAGGAAAAGAAUCUGAUAUAAAUCAAAUUCCUCUUUUCUACUAUCCAAAGAAAGUUGAUGGUCAGGAAAUGGACAAUGCAGGAAGAGAAUCUGUUAUAAACCAAAUUCCUCUUUUUUACUACCCAAAGAAAGUUGAUGGUCAGGAAAUGGACAAUGCGGGAAAAGAAUUUGUUAUAAACCAAAUUCCUCUUUUCUACUAUCCAAAAAAAGUUGAUGGUCAGAAAAUGGACAAAGCAGGAAAAGAAUCAGUUAUAAACCAAAUUCCUCUUUUGUACUAUCCAAAGAAAGUUGAUGGUCAGGAAAUGGACAAUGCAAGAAAAGAAUCUGUUAUAAACCAAAUUCCUCUUUUGUACUAUCCAAAGAAAGUUGAUGGUCAGAAAAUGGACAAUGCAGGAAAAGAAUCUGAUAUAAAUCAAAUUCCUCUUUUCUACUAUCCAAAGAAAGUUGAUGGUCAGGAAAUGGACAAUGCAGGAAAAGAAUCUGAUAUAAAUCAAAUUCCUCUUUUCUACUAUCCAAAGAAAGUUGAUGGUCAGAAAAUGGAAAAAGUAGGAAAAGAAUCAGUUAUAAACCAAAUUCCUCUUUUGUACUAUCCAAAGAAAGUUGAUGGCCAGCAAAUGGACAAUGCAAUAAAAGAAUCUGUUAUAAACCAAGUUCCUCUUGUCUACUAUCCAAAGAAAGUUGGUUCAGCUUGAAGACUAUAUUUAUCAAAAGAGAAGUAAUCGUUUAAUAAAAUAUUGGGCUUUCAAGGAAGAUGAAUCUUAUGUAUUCAAAAUAAUAUCUGUGCUGUAUUUAUAUUAUGUGUGUUUGGGUUGUUCUACUCGUUGCAAGUAGAAAUCCUUUAUGUUCUAAUAAAUGUGUAAGAUAUGUGUUAGGCGUGCUUCCACUCGUAAUCCUAAAAAAUCCAUUAUGUUGUAAUAUUUGUUUAGCUUAAUAUAUACUUUAGCCCCUUUA